UGGUCCAAUGAACCAUAAUCUUUCUGUAAACGUAGUCUGGGGACAGUGAAGUGACAACCGCAUCAAUGGCUGAAGUUGAAGAAGAAAUUUCGGGCGAUAUUGUUGUGCCAUUAUCCGACGAGAAAACAGGCAUGUCCAUCACCCUGUCAAACGCCGGGGCACGGGAGUGGAUCCAGAAGAAACGGGCGUCGGUCCGUCCCUGGACGGAAUUCCUGAAGACAUCACAGUUCUCCAGGCCCAAGGGCGUCAAGGAAGUCACCACGCGUGUCGUAGCCAACAUCGAGACGUACCAGAGCAACUACCUGUUUGUGUUUGUGGGUCUCCUCGUUUAUUGUCUUAUUACAUCACCGCUGUUGAUUGUGGCCUUGGUGGUCCUGUUUGGUGCCUGCUACUGGAUCCGAGUCAAGAACGAGAGCAAGAAGCUGAGUCUAUUGGGCUACGAGUUCACAUUAUUCCAGCAGUACGGGGCCGUAGCUCUGUUGUCGUUCCCACUGUUUUUCGUCGCCGGUGCCACAUCAGCUGUGUUCUGGGUCAUAGGUGCGUCGUUUUUCUUCAUAAUGCUGCAUGCGGUCAUGUUUGAGCCAAUCGCAGAACAGGACGACGAAGAAAUCACCAUGGAAGAAGUAUCAUUCGGCCAAUAGAAGCUUCCCUUGCACGACGCAGCCAAGCAUGAAAACCCUUGUUAUUAGUGCUCAUAUAAUACACCUGUCCUGAUUGGUUGAAAGCAGAGCCCCGGUUCCAUUUUAGUGAAUUAAUCGGUGAGGGGUUACUUUCUUCCUUCUACCCUUGGUUUUUCUAACGGGAGCUGCGUUUGGUAGAUAGUCAUGAAGUUGGCACAUUGAGCAUUUUGACCCUUUUGUUUUUGCUGCAAAAACUGGUCUCAUGGUCUGAUGACCAGAGGAGUAUAAUUGACCUAUCGUCGUUUGCGAGUUAGCCACGCCCCUAGACAACCCUAUGGAGUUUUUGUACACUUAGUUUUGUUUGUCUCAGGAUUUUGCGCGUUACGCGUCCAUUUGUAUGUAAUUGGACAAUUUCACAAGCUGCGUUGACGCGAUUCUAAUGCGAUUCUAACGCGAUAGGUCAAUUGUACUGGUUGUCAGCAAGUUCUCACAGAUUUUUUGUAUAUUAGGAAAAUUAAUUCAAGAUAGAUGUCUCAUCUGCAAAAUACGCUGUAACAACCAUUACUCAGUCAAAAAUUCCAUGAAAGUGUGAGUCACUGUGGACUGCCGGUAGGUGCAAAGUGGUAAAUACAGUGAAAUCUCGAUCAGUCAAACCUCAAGGGAACAGGCUCAAAAUUUGACUUAAGCAGAGUUUUGAGUUAAGCAGGGUUGUAUAUCAUUGUUAUACUACUGAAGGGAAUGGAUUCUUUGUUUGACUUAACAGUUGUUUUGAGUUACGGUAUCAGAGUUUGACUUAUGGAGAUUUCACUUUAAACUGGCAUUUAAUUAAGGGGUCAACAUGGUCAUAUGGUGUGGGUUUUCAUGCUCACCUGUAGUACCUAAAAUUAGCAGUCUGUGUAAAGGUUUGUUUAUUGUUCGCUCGUACCCCCCGCCCUGCAAACAGGACGCUGGUCAGGGCUGACGUCAUUUGAGCUCUCAUUGGAUAGAUUUGCGUGACCUGUGACGUAGAACGCGUCACACAAACUAGCUUCCGGUGCCCAUCAUGCGUAGCGCGUUAGCUGCAUGCGAAGGUCAAUCUGUACUUCCUUCACAAGAUUCUGUGAAGCUCAUCAGCCCUUACCAGCGCCCUGUUUGUAGGGCGGGGGGUACGAGCAAAUGUUUAUUGAUGGAGGUCUAAGCUGCUUUAAUGGCUCUGUGCAAGAUCAAUAGAGGGCAGUAUGCAGCAUUUUCACAAGUGAAAUCAGAGUUUAAAGCUAAUCACAAUAUCGUAUUUAUGACAGAUUUUUCAUAUGAAAAUGAGAUUUAUAUAUGAACUUCUAUCCAUUGUCAAUCUGGUAAACCAUACAAGUAAAUUUCCCAAAUGAAACAGAUAUCAAUUUAUGUACUGGAAUUAAU